ACUAUUGUAAGCAGUCCUCAUUGUGUUCCGUCAACCGUGUUGACCCUACCCCCUUUUAACAUCGGCUUUCUGGAGAACAGCAGUUUGCAAUUCUCACGGUAAGGCGUUUCACAGUUGAAAACAGCGUCGCUACAAGCAUGGCUGAACACAACUUUUCUGACGAGGAUCUGUCGAAGAUCAGGGUGGUGUUUGAUGGUUUCGAUGUUGACGGGCAGGGGACCAUCAACAGUACGGAGCUACAGGCCGCCCUCACCGCCCUCAAUCCAGAGACCACCCCUGAGUUCGCCCAGGCCGUGAUGAAGAAUCUGGACGAUGACCACAGUGGGGACAUCUCGUUUGAAGAGUUUCUGGACAUGGUCAAGUCGGUCAAGACCAAGCCGAGGGAAGACUCCCUACUCACCCUCUUCAAAAAGCACGACGCUAGCGGUAACGGCACGCUGAACGCCUCAGAGAUCCGGGGAGCGAUGCGUGAGAGCGGCGUGAAGCUGUCGGACCGCGCCAUCGACUACCUGGUCAACAAGGCGGACACCUCGGGAGACGGGGAGAUCAACUAUCAGGAGUUCUGCAAGCUGCUGGGCCGCUGAGAACAUUGACGGGAAAAGGCACCGACAUAAGACCCUGUCGUAAAUGGGCUUCC